AUGGGCUUCUCGAGCAUCACACGCCCCGUCAGUAACAUCAUCGGUAGUCUCGGCCAGUCCAAGAGCGCCGGAUCGGUACCCGAAAUCCUCGCGGCCGUCAAAAAAGCCAUCAAAGAAAUUCUGGAAGGAUGUAAAGCCGACCCAUGUUAUGAUACCCGGCGGUCUGCAUUCCAGGCCCUCCUCGGCAUGGCGGAGCAGAUCCUUCUGAUCAAGGACAAGGAGCGUCUUCAGGCGGUCAUAGAUAGCGGCCCUCCUAGGGAGAUCGAUGGUGCGCUGCAUGAGGUGGGGGAACAGGUGGACGAGGAAGAGGGGGAAGAUCAGCUGUUGCAGGGAGAGAUGAGAAGCCCGGUGAAGGAUUUGGCGAGGAGGUAUGGGGAUUUGAAUGAGGAUCUCUUUGAGAGCCUGGUGGCGCAGAUGUCGUACGAUCAUAAUGGGUGUAUGGAUGACGAUGAUGAUUACUGGUAG